AGCCAGGCGAGCUUCAUGCAGCGCCAGCUCGGGGCCAUGCUCCAGCCCGGGGUCAACAAGUUCUCGCUGCGGAUGUUCGGCUCCCAGAAGGCGGUGGAGCGGGAGCAGGAGCGGGUCAAGUCGGCGGGGGCCUGGAUCAUCCACCCCUACAGCGACUUCAGGUUCUACUGGGACUUCACGAUGCUUCUCUUCAUGGUGGGCAACCUCAUCAUCAUCCCGGUGGGCAUCACCUUCUUUAAGGAGGAGACCACGGCCCCCUGGAUUGUCUUCAACGUGGUCUCUGACACGUUCUUCCUCAUGGACCUGGUGCUGAACUUCCGCACCGGGAUAAUCAUCGAGGACAACACGGAUAUCAUCCUGGACCCGGAGAGGAUUAAGAAGAAAUACCUGAAGACCUGGUUCGUGGUGGAUUUUGUCUCCUCCAUCCCUGUGGAUUAUAUUUUUCUCAUCGUGGAGAAGGGCAUCGAUUCGGAGGUGUACAAAACGGCCCGGGCCCUCCGCAUCGUCCGCUUCACCAAGAUCCUCAGCCUGCUGCGUCUGCUGCGCCUUUCCCGGCUCAUCCGCUACAUCCACCAGUGGGAAGAGAUCUUCCACAUGACCUACGACCUGGCCAGCGCGGUGAUGAGGAUCAUUAACCUCAUUGGCAUGAUGCUGCUGCUGUGUCACUGGGACGGCUGCCUCCAGUUCCUCGUGCCCAUGCUCCAGGACUUCCCCAGCAACUGCUGGGUCUCCAUCAACGGCAUGGUGAACAACUCGUGGAGUGAGCUGUACUCCUUUGCCUUGUUCAUGUCAAUGAGCCACAUGCUGUGCAUCGGGUAUGGGAAGCAGGCCCCUGAGAGCAUGACGGAUAUCUGGCUUACCAUGCUCAGCAUGAUCGUCGGCGCUACCUGCUAUGCCAUGUUCAUUGGCCACGCCACCGCCCUCAUCCAGUCGUUGGACUCCUCCCGGCGCCAGUACCAGGAAAAGUACAAGCAAGUGGAGCAGUACAUGUCCUUCCACAAACUGCCCGCCGACUUCCGGCAGAAGAUCCACGACUACUAUGAACACCGCUACCAGGGCAAGAUGUUCGACGAGGACAGCAUCCUGGGCGAGCUGAACGAGCCCCUGCGGGAGGAGAUUGUGAACUUCAACUGCCGCAAGCUGGUGGCCUCCAUGCCCCUCUUUGCCAAUGCAGACCCCAACUUCGUCACGGCCAUGCUCACCAAGCUGAAGUUCGAGGUCUUCCAGCCGGGCGACUACAUCAUCCGCGAAGGCACCAUUGGCAAGAAGAUGUACUUCAUCCAGCACGGUGUGGUGAGCGUCCUCACCAAGGGCAACAAGGAGAUGAAGCUCUCAGACGGUUCCUACUUCGGAGAAAUCUGUUUGCUGACGAGGGGCCGCCGUACGGCCAGCGUCCGGGCCGACACCUACUGCCGUCUCUACUCGCUCUCGGUGGAUAACUUCAACGAGGUGCUGGAGGAGCACCCCAUGAUGAGACGGGCCUUCGAGACAGUCGCCAUCGACCGCCUCGACCGCAUAGGGAAGAAGAAUUCCAUCCUGCUGCACAAGGUCCAGCACGACCUGAACUCCGGGGUCUUCAACAACCAGGAGAACGAGAUCAUCCAGGAGAUCGUCAAGUACGACCGGGAGAUGGUGCAGCAGGCGGAGCUGCAGCAGCACACGGCCAUAUACACGCCCGUCCAGCCCCAGGUGACCUCGGCCAUCGCCACCCUGCAGCAGGCGGUCGCCAUGAGCUUCUGCCCCCAGAUGGCCAGCCCCCUGGUGAGCUCCGUGGCCCUCGGUUCGCCCAGGAUGAUGCGGCGCCUGCAGUACGCCCAGGGCGUCCCUGGUCCCUUCUCCGUCUCCCCGGUGCUGCUCCAGAACAUGUCCCUGCAGCAGCAGCAGCAGCAGCUGCCGCCCCGGCCCACCUCCACUGGCACCUUCGGCUCAGUGGUGUCCAGCCCUCCGACCCAAAGCCCCCGAGCCAGCCGGACGUUCCCUGACGCCGCCCAGGGUCAGUCGGGCUCCCAGUUGUCCCUGACUCAGCAGACGGCUCCUGGCUCGCCCCAGCGGCAGGCUGUCCACAAAAGCACACAGGCCCUGCACACGAGCAGCCUGAGCGAGGAGUCGAGGCCUUUGUCAGCCUCGCAGCCCUCCCUGCCUCACGGGAUCUCGCAGACCAUGACCCAGAGCCCUCCACCGUCGGCCCACGAGUCCAGCACCUCCGUCGCCGGGGUCCAGGCUUCGGCCUCCCCUGGCUCGGGCCCCCAGGCCGGGCUUAGAGGGGCAGUGCCGCCCCGCAUGGCCCUAUCCCACCAGAUGUCCACGGGCUCUGUCUACACGGGGGCAGCCGGCAGCCAGCAGGACUCAAGCGGCGCCCGGAAGGAUUCGGUGAUCAGUGCCCCUGACACGGACCCAGCCAAAUCCAGGCUCUCUUCCAACUUGUGACCUUUGCUCCUUGCCCGCUGAUCCCGGGCAGGGGGGUAACGGUGGGGCUGCCAAGCAGCAGCAGUUUCCAUCGUCUCCACGCUCCCGCCUGCUUGUUUCCAGCUGGCGAAGGCCCCGCCCUGGCUCGCUCCCUAGGGGAGUGGAAAUCAAAGGGAUAAUGAGCCCCAGAGCCAACUGUGGGGGUCGCCACCUGCAUCCGGGGCCUCUGACCCAGCGGGGGCCCUGCCCCCUUCUGUACAGAGCACAGCAGCUGGGCGUCGCUUCCACACGCUUUGCCCAGAGAAGCCAAGGUAGGAGGGGCGUGGACAGAGGCCCCUGCCGUUCCUUGGGCUGGGGGAGGUCCAGUCGAGCCCCCCACACGCCCCGAUGAUCAUCUAUGACCAAAGUCCAGACCCAUCGCCCGCUGCCACCGCCCUUGUGAAGAGCAUCGUCCAUCCGAACCCACUGAUUGCACCAUAGAAGCCAUAACUAGUUAAUCUCUUGAUUAUGAAAUCUGUAUAUUUUAUAUAUAUAUAUGAAUAUAGAUGUGUGCGCAGGCCCCCUCUCAUACGGCCGCCCCUGGGAGCCCACACGCACCAUAUAGCCAGGCUCCGUGACAGCGCAGGGCUCUGUGGAACGGGUCGCCCACCCCGGGGCCUGCCAGGCCCCCCCAAGUUCCCCACUCAACGUGUUCUGGCGCCUGGCACCGGCCGGUGCCCAACGCACACCCGAGCCCUGUGCCACACGCGGGGGCGGGCGCCUUGGCCGAGAGGCUCUGUCUGCAAAGGCCUGUGAGGACGGGCAGUUCCUCGGGCUGCCAUGUCCUCUGCCCUUGCUGGACUAGUCUUUGGGGCUGGAUGCUUCUGGCCCCCACCCACCUCAUCCUGUCGCCCCUGCCUUGUGCCCUGGCUCCUCUCUGCUCUCCCUCCCCCGGCGCGUCACCUGGUCCCCACCCCGGC